ACACACAGAAAAUUACAAAAAGUAGAAAUAAAGUGGCUGUUCGAUAAUCCCUUAUGAUGCAAGAAAAGAAGCUCUUUUUAAUUCGCAAACUAACUCAUUAAAGGGCUUUGUUCCAUUAUCUCGUUUUGGGGAUUUUCAAUCGGAUCUCUUAACAUUCUCGAAAAAAAAUGAUCGAUUUCAGUCGAGUCCAGAAGGAGCUCCAAGAUUGCGAGAAAGACAAGGAUGCUUCGGGUAUCCGGGUCAGCCCGAAAUCCGAUAACCUUACCCGACUCACCGGAACCAUCCCUGGUCCAAUCGGUACUCCUUACGAAGGCGGCACUUUUCAGAUCGAUAUCACGAUUCCAGAAGGGUAUCCAUUUGAGCCUCCAAAGAUGCAAUUUUCAACCAAAGUUUGGCACCCGAACAUAAGUAGCCAAAGCGGGGCAAUAUGCUUGGAUGUCCUGAAAGACCAGUGGAGUCCAGCUCUUACUUUGAAGACAGCUCUUGUUUCGAUCCAGGCAUUACUCUCUACACCAGAGCCCAAAGACCCUCAAGAUGCUGUUGUAGCUGAACAGUACAUCAAGAACUAUCAAGUGUUUGUAUCAACAGCUCGUUACUGGACCGAAACAUUCGCCAAGAACUCUUCGCUAGAGGAAAAAGUCAAGAGACUCGUGGAGAUGGGUUUUGGAGAUGCUCAGGUUAGGAGCGCAAUUGAAUCAAGUGGUGGAGAUGAGAAUCUGGCAUUGGAAAAGCUCUGUUCUGGUUAGAUUCUAUCAAAACAGGCCUCAUUGGCGCUAGAUAUGAUAUUAAUUUGGGCUGUUAACUUAAUGUUGUGAGAUUUUGCUCUUGUCUGAUGAUAAAGAGUGAAACUUCUAUGAAAUUUUUUACUAAAUGCAAUCUAUAAAACAGAUUAUAUCUAGUGGAUCAGUGAGCAUGGAGUGUGUCAGGUUUAUUCAUGAUGAUUAAUCAAA